CGUUGUGUCGUGGAAGUUGUGAGGUCAGAGGAAAUGGCCCGGCUGAAUCGAGGGUGGGGGCGGGGAGAGCUGGGAGCUGUCAGUGGAGAGAGUCAGACUCACUCUCCUGGCCAGAUUCCGAGCUGGAAAUUUCGGCGGAUUCUAGCCAGCAGGCAAAGGGCAACCCCGGCGCUCGAGGAGCGGCUUCUUUUGUAGAAGCACCUGAAAUGCAGGGUCUGGUACACUAAGCAGUAGCGCCCGCAGCAGCAGCCAUAGCGACAAGCUGGGGCCCUGUGUAGAAGCUCCAUCCCCUUGUGUUUGUGUCCGCCUGCGUCCCCACACUCAGAGAUUAUCUUAGAAGAUCGAGGACUCUGAAAUGUUUCCCCUGAAGGAUGCUGAAAUGGGUGCCUUUACCUUCUUUGCCUCGGCUCUGCCACAUGAUGUUUGUGGAAGCAAUGGGCUUCCUCUUACACCAAAUUCCAUCAAAAUUUUAGGGCGAUUUCAAAUCCUUAAGACCAUCACUCAUCCGAGACUUUGCCAGUAUGUGGAUAUUUCUAGGGGAAAGCAUGAAAGACUGGUGGUGGUAGCUGAACACUGUGAACGGAGUCUAGAAGACUUGCUUCGAGAGAGGAAACCCUUGAGCUAUUCAAAGGUUUUGUGCAUUGCAUUUGAGGUACUCCAAGGUUUGCAGUAUAUGAACAAACAUGGUAUAGUACACCGAGCACUGUCUCCUCAUAAUAUUCUUUUGGACCGAAAGGGACAUGUUAAAUUGGCUAAAUUUGGACUUUAUCACAUGACAGCUCAUGGUGAUGAUGUUGAUUUCCCAAUUGGGUAUCCAUCAUACUUGGCACCCGAGGUAAUUGCACAAGGAAUUUUGAAAACCACCGAUCAUGUGCCAAGUGAAAAACCAUUGCCUUCUGGCCCCAAAUCAGAUGUGUGGUCUCUUGGAAUCAUUUUAUUUGAGCUUUGUGUGGGAAGAAAAUUAUUUCAGAGCUUGGAUAUUUCUGAAAGACUAAAAUUUUUACUUACAUUAGAUUGCAUAGAUGACACUAUAAUAGUUCUGGCCGAAGAGCAUGGUUGUCUGGACAUUAUAAAGGACCUUCCUGAAAAUGUGAUAAAUCUUUUGAAGAAGUGUCUCACCUUCCACCCUUCCAAGAGGCCAACUGCAGCUGAAUUAAUGCAGGACAAGGUGUUUAGUGAAGUGUCACCUUUAUAUACGACCUUUACCAAACCUGCCAGUCUGUUUUCAUCUUCCUUGAGAUGUGCUGAUUUGACUCUGCCUGAGGAUAUCAGUCAGCUAUGUAAAGAUAUAAACAGUGAUUAUCUGGCAGAAAGAUCUAUUGAAGAAGUAUAUUACCUUUGGUGUUUAGCUGGAGGUGACUUGGAGAAAGAGCUUGUCAACAAGGAAAUCAUUCGCUCUAAACCACCUAUCUGCACACUCCCCAAUUUUCUCUUUGAAGAUGGUGAAAGCUUUGGACAAGGUCGAGAUAGAAGCUCACUAUUAGAUGACACCACUGUGACAUUGUCAUUAUGCCAGCUAAGAAAUAGGUUAAAAGAUGUUGGUGGAGAAGCAUUUUACCCACUACUUGAAGAUGACCAGUCUAAUUUACCUCAUUCAAACAGCAAUAAUGAGUUGUCUGCAGCUGCCACUCUCCCUUUAAUCAUCCGAGAGAGGGACACAGAGUACCAACUAAACAGAAUCAUUCUCUUUGACAGGCUACUAAAGGCUUAUCCAUAUAAAAAAAAUCAAAUCUGGAAAGAAGCAAGAGUUGACAUUCCUCCGCUUAUGAGAGGUUUAACCUGGGCUGCCCUUCUGGGAGUUGAGGGAGCUAUUCAUGCCAAGUAUGAUGCAAUUGAUAAAGAUACUCCUAUUCCUACAGAUAGACAGAUUGAAGUGGAUAUUCCUCGGUGUCAUCAGUAUGAUGAACUGUUAUCAUCACCAGAAGGUCAUGCAAAAUUUAGGCGUGUAUUAAAAGCCUGGGUCGUGUCUCAUCCUGAUCUUGUGUAUUGGCAAGGUCUUGAUUCACUUUGUGCUCCAUUCCUAUAUUUAAAUUUCAAUAAUGAAGCCUUGGCUUAUGCAUGUAUGUCUGCUUUUAUCCCCAAAUACCUGUAUAACUUCUUCUUGAAAGACAACUCACAUGUAAUACAAGAGUAUCUGACCGUGUUCUCACAGAUGAUUGCAUUCCAUGAUCCAGAGCUGAGCAAUCAUCUCAAUGAGAUUGGAUUUAUCCCAGAUCUCUAUGCCAUCCCUUGGUUUCUCACCAUGUUUACUCAUGUAUUUCCACUGCACAAAAUUUUCCACCUCUGGGAUACCUUACUCCUUGGGAAUUCUUCUUUCCCAUUCUGUAUUGGAGUAGCAAUUCUCCAGCAGCUACGGGACCGGCUUUUGGCUAAUGGCUUUAAUGAGUGCAUUCUUCUCUUCUCUGAUUUACCAGAAAUUGACAUUGAACGCUGUGUGCGAGAAUCAAUCAACCUGUUUUGUUGGACUCCUAAAAGUGCUACUUACAGACAGCAUGCUCAACCUCCAAAGCCAACUCCUGAUAGCAGUGGAGUCAGAAGUUCAACACCUUUUUUCUCCACUGAGUGUCCAGAUCCUCCAAAAACAGAUUUGUCAAGAGAAUCUAUCCCAUUAAAUGACCUAAAGUCAGAAGUAUCACCCCGGAUUUCAGCAGAGGACCUGAUUGACUUGUGUGAACUCACAGUGACAGGCCAUUUCAAAACACCCACCAAGAAGACAAAGUCCAGUAAACCAAAGCUCCUGGUAGUUGACAUCCGGAAUAGUGAAGAUUUUAUUCGGGGUCAUAUUUCAGGAAGCAUCAACAUUCCAUUUAGUGCUGCCUUCACUACCGAAGGGGAGCUUACCCAGGGCCCUUUCACUGCUGUGCUCCAGAGCUUCAAAGGGAAGGUCAUUGUCAUCGUGGGGCAUGUGGCAAAGCACACAGCAGAGUUUGCAGCUCAUCUUGUGAAGAUGAAAUAUCCAAGAAUCUGCAUUCUAGACGGUGGCAUUAAUAAGAUCAAGCCAACAGGUCUCCUCACCGUCCCAUCUCCUCAAAUAUGAAGAACCAAGACUGUGACUGUGACUGUGAAAAGGAUAGAGUGAUAUCAGCCCCCAACAGCCCACCUCUUCACAGCCUCAUCACUCUGAGACAGAGCUAGACUUCCAGAUUGUUGCAUUUUCAUAAAGUUUUGUCAUGAAACAUUUUUUUUUUAAUCUCAUAACCCACAUGUUCAACCAUCCAGGCAACAAACUUGACUGUACAUGUAUUGCUGAAAGAAUUUCCCUAACAGUGAAAUCCGAUCAUGUAUUUUUACCACAGUGCAACACAAAGCCAGAGGAAUUCAGCUGACAAGGCAGAUUUAGCAUUAUCAAGAAAUCUCAGUUGCACUGAAAAAGCUGUCUCCCAUUGCACUGAACAGACAGUCCUAACAAAGGUAUUAUUUAGAAACAUAGACUGAAUGGGGGUUGAAAUCAUCUUUCUAUGAUAGUGAAACUCAAAAAGCUACUCUCAAUAUAUUCCUUGUAAGUAAAUCCUAUAUUUGGCAACUCAUUUUGGCCCAGACAGAUCAUAUGCGUGCAUGCGUGCGUGUGUAUGUGUGUGUGGUUUGUUUAGGAGAAGAAUUUAGCCCACUGAAAAAAGUAAUAAUUUACUUCCAGAAAAAUGAAAGUCAGAAACCAUUCACAUUAGAUAGAACAUUUGUUCAGCUCCUAUUCAGAGAAACCCAAAAUAAGACUGACUUAAACAAACUAGAACUGUAUUUCUCACAUAAAAGUCUGCAUAAUGAGUCUAGGGCUAGUAUACUGAUUUCAUAAUCAUUAAGAACUGAGGUAUCUUCGCAUUGUUUUAUCACCCUCAAUACAUGGUUUCUAUCUCAUGGAUCAAGAUGGCUGCUCAGCUCAUACCAUCAUAUAUGCCAUUUGGAAGGAAGGGAAUGAAGGAGGAGGGGGG